AUGAAUUCUGCAGUGUCUGGCGUUGAAGUUGACCUCUAUGAGGUCCUCGAAAUCCAGCGCGGCGCGAGCAAGGAGGAAGUUCGACAGGCUUAUCGCAAGGCUGCGCUGUCCAACCACCCUGACAAGGUCGCCGAAGAAGAGCGCCCCGCCGCCGAAAUCAAGUUCAAGGCUGUCCAGGAGGCAUACGAGAUCCUUUACGAUGAAGACAAGCGCCACAUAUAUGACACACAUGGCAUGUCCGCUUUUAACGGCUCUGGUGAGCCCGGUAUGGGUGGAAUGGGCGGUGGCCCGGAUCUAGAUGAUCUCCUGGCACAGAUGUUCGGCGGCAUGGGCGGCAUGGGCGGUAUGCCCGGUAUGGGAGGCAUGGGAGGUAUGCCCGGCAUGGGCGGCAUGGGUGGUAUGCCUGGUGGCAAGCCUCGCACAAGCCCGAACGAAGAGCAAGACUAUGAAAUCAGCCUGGAGGACUUGUACAAGGGCAAGACAGUCAAGUUUACCAGCGUCAAGAAUGUCAUUUGCAGCCUUUGCGACGGCAAGGGUGGCAAGGAGAAAGCAAAGGCUAAGAAGUGCUCAACUUGUGACGGUCUGGGACAACGGGAAGUUCUCCAGAACAUGGGUCAGUUCAUCACUCGGGCUACUCAGCCGUGUACCACUUGCAGUGGUGAGGGUCAGUUCUUCAGCCCCAAGGACAAAUGCAAGAAGUGCAAGGGCAAGAAGGUUGUCGAGGCAAAGAAGAUGCUGGAGUUGUAUAUCGCACCCGGCUCACGUGACGGCGAAAAGAUUGUUCUCGAGGGCGAGGCCGACCAAGUACCAGGCCAGGAGCAUGGCGACAUUAUUUUCCGCCUAGUCCAGGAUGAGCACCCAGUGUUCGAGCGCGGUGGUGCCGAUCUCCGUGCUGAGAUCAAUAUCACCUUGGCCGAGGCUUUGACCGGUUUCCACCGUGUUGUCCUGAAGCACCUUGAUGGCCGUGGAAUCGAGAUCAAGCACGCUGCCGGUACUGUUCUCCAACCUGGUCAGGUUCUUACAGUCCGCGGCGAAGGAAUGCCGAUCAAGCGCAGUGAUUCACGCGGUGACCUAUACCUGGUGGUGAAUGUGGUGUUCCCCGAGAGUUCGUGGAAGCCAUCUCCUGAGGUUCUAAAGAAGUUGCAGGAAGUGCUUCCUCAACCUGAAGCGCCCAUUGAGGCUGCCCCGGUGGAUGAAGUCGAUUUCGACCCUCAUGGUAAAAUGGAGGAGUUUGGCGCUCGCGAUACCAAUGGUGGCUCGGCCUGGCAAGACGAUGAAGAAGAGGAUGAUGAGCCUGUGCAGUGCGCACCUCAAUAA